UCCCUGGUUCUGGACAUGAAUUCCGGCUGCUCACUGAGUCCCACCGCCAGCUGCCAGGAGCCAGUAGAGCCCUGAGGAGUAGCCACUCAGUCCCAGCCAACGCUCGGCUCCACCAUGAACUGGGGGAUCUUUGAGGGGCUCCUGAGUGGGGUGAACAAGUACUCCACGGCCUUUGGGCGUAUCUGGCUGUCUCUGGUCUUCAUCUUCCGUGUGCUGGUGUACCUGGUGACAGCCGAGCGCGUGUGGAGUGAUGACCACAAGGACUUUGACUGUAACACCCGCCAGCCCGGCUGCUCCAACGUCUGCUUCGACGAGUUCUUCCCUGUGUCCCACGUGCGUCUCUGGGCCCUGCAGCUCAUCCUGGUCACUUGCCCCUCGCUGCUCGUGGUCAUGCACGUGGCCUACCGGGAGGCUCGGGAGAAGAGGCACAGAGAGGCCGCGGGGGAGGAUGGCGGUCGCCUCUACCUGGACCCCGGCAAGAAGCGGGGUGGGCUCUGGUGGACGUACAUCUGCAGCCUGGUGUUCAAGGCCAGCGUGGAUGCCGUCUUCCUCUAUGUGUUCCACUCCCUCUACCCCCGGUAUACCCUUCCUCCUGUGGUCAAGUGCCAUGCAACUCCAUGUACCAAUGUGGUGGACUGCUUCAUCUCCAAGCCUUCAGAGAAGAAUAUCUUCACCCUCUUCAUGGUGGCCACAGCCGCCAUCUGCAUCCUGCUCAACCUUGUGGAGCUGGCCUACCUGGUGGGCAAGCGGUGCCGCGAGUGCCUGGCAGCGAGGAGAGCCCGAGCCACAUGCACAGGGUAUCACCAGCACUGUACCUCCUCUUCCUACAAACAGGACGACCUCCUCUCAGGCGACCUCAUCUUUCUGGGCUCAGACACUCACCCACCUCUUUUACUGGACCGCCCUCGAGACCACGUGAAGAAGACCCUCCUGUGA